UGCUUGACAAAACAAAAAUCAGGUAGCCUAGCUGCCGCCGCCUUUGUUUUGUAAUAUUUACAGUCUAUGGAUUUUGUCACACAGACUCCGCCCCGCUCAGCUGCUCAGUCUUAUAAAACCAGCGAACACACUGACUCACACACUGAGCUGACUUUAUCUGCCUGCAGAGGAACAAAACCAGAAAACGACUAUGGGGGUCACAAUACGAGUUGAAUACUGUGGAGCAUGAGGAUACGAACCCCGCUAUAGGGAACUCGCCAGGGGUAUCAAGGAUGAGUUUCCUGAGGCGGUGGUGUCGGGCUUUGUGGGAAGAUCAGGCAGCUUUGAGAUUGAAGUCAACGGGCAGCUGAUCUUCUCCAAGUUGGAGUUGGGUGGCUUCCCUCACGAGGAUGAUAUAAGAAAUGCAUUGGAGGAUGCCUGCGCUGGGAAACCCGUGCAAAAGAUCACCAAAAGCAAGGCGCCAUGCACUAUCAUGUAAACAUCUCUGUCCUGCCUUUUACCAUCGACGGCAUCCACACAAGCCUGUGCGACUGUACACUGCCAGCACCACCUCUGGCCUAACUCCAUUCUUUGAAACGGCCAGGGAUAGACACCACACUUUGUACGACAGCAACAAAAAAAAAGAUGCAAUAUGACAACUUUUUGCUUUGUGUGAUGCAGAUCGUCAAACUCUUCUCUGCCCUCGGGCUCCCCUCUCUGUUCUCAUCGUGGUGCUUCAGGGCCGUUAAUGAUUGCCCCAGCCAUAAACUUAAAGGUUGGGGUAUGAUGAAUCCAUGCCUGGAGGUGCCUACUUUGUAGGGACUGAGACUGGGAGAAGCUGUUGCAAGAAGGGUUUUAAAGGCACUUGCUUGAAUUAUCCUACAACCUUAUUGCCUGGAAUUUUUUGAAUUACUGCUUGACUUUGUUUUUUGGCAUUUUUGUUUCUUUAUUUCUCAUGUGAUUAUCAGUUUAAUUUGUAUGUUCAAUGGCACUGCAAAGUAGUGCAGCCUACUUUUUUUUUUUAGCAUGAAGGGAAACUCUCUACAGCGACCUCCUCUUUCCUUAUUAGAAUCUCACGGGUAAUUCAAACUGGUUCUCAAUCGAUCAUCAUGAGUGCAUCUGAAGACCACCGCCCACUGGUCUGUCAGCUCACAGCUUGUAAGAUCGGCUCAUUCUCCACAAAUAAUCAGCACUUUCUCCUCAAAACUGUAAACUUCAAAUAAAGGUGCAGCUUGUUUAA